CAGACCCACAAGAGUGGCGGCCUCCGACACUCAAUACGGAGAUAGCAGCAAGCCAACAUGAGUCUGACAUCAAGAACACCAGCACGUUCCCUCACCACGGAGCAGAGGCCCAAACCUUAGGAGGCGGUAACUGGAAGUGACAAGACUGACGCUCCCAAAAGGAAAAAGUGAACGAGAGGAAGCAUUGCAGACGAGGAAAUCGGUCUAGGGCUCAUGAUAGAAGUUGGCAGGAAUGGCAUGCUGUCUACACGAAAGAAUAAACAGCAGCAAACCUACUGGUCCUAUCUGGCUAGGAUCGACCAUGGAAAGAGGAAAACCACUACAACCACGACCAGACAAGACAAGCGGACACAUGCAAAGCAUAGCAAAACCGCGCGCUACAAGAAACCACAUUUCAGCAACUUAAAUAAAAAUCGUAUUAUAAAACAACAUACACUUAACAAAACUAUCAAAAACCACUUUUCUGCCACAAACAGCAAUAAGCAUAAAAGAUGGUAUAAGGAAACACCUUUUUUUUUUUCCUGGCCUUUUAAUACGAGGCUGUAAGAUGGAAGCUGGCUGCCGCGGUACAUGAGGCAGGUCUUUUGUACAACCUAGCGCGCUCUGGGCCACUAACAAUUUUGCCGGUGCUGUUUUUGGUCCGGCAGAGUGCUUGGGGGUACAAAACCAUAACAGCUCAAUUCUUUUGAUAGGAACAAAAGGGGAAGACAUGCAGAGUACUUUUAAGAAUAGCUUUGUAUUUAUGGGUUAUGAUUAAUCUCCUUUAUUGGCUCUUUCAGCAAUAGAUCUUGAAACUGUGCCUCCAACGAAACCCUGGACUCCUUCACCCUCAAGCCCAACAUCUCAGCCUACACCAUCCAGCCCAACACCCUCUCAUCCUUACCACACCCAUUCCACAUCUUACCCCACAACACCGCUCUCACACGCAAAUUCAACAGCUCCUGACACAACAUGCAAGGCAAUCAUAUACUAUGGCCAGACAGUUUACAAUGGACACAAUGCCUUUUACUGGAAGGAGUCUGAUCAGCCAAAUACUACUCCUGUCCUGGUAACUCCAAGCCACACCAGAAUCAUCACUUAUGGAAUGAAGUCAAUCAACAUUACCUGCAAACUACCUCAAGGCAUCAACUCCCAACAGCUCACUGUUGAUGCAAGUGACAUUACGAAGCUGGCAGUGAGUGGGGCAAGAACAUUAGUCAUUCAGUUUAAGACUGCAUCCCCUGACCUUGUGAGCACCAACUACAAUCCUCUCUCAUGGCAGCCAAGUGACGACAGCCAGGGCAGCCCGAUACUCCUGGAUGCGAGUGAAGUCAAAUGUGUACAGACGAUGAAAGUUACCAUCAUGAAAGUACAGUUCACCCACAAGUCCUCAGGCAAGCCAUACCCAGGCUGUGACAAGAACAAUCAGAAUCAUGCUUCUCCUUCCUACUUUGAGUACAUUGACAUAUACAAUGUGACAAAGAGGCUGUGUUCCUCCACCACCCCUAUCACCUUCAUCUCCCACACCAGUGAGGCUGCCGGGAAGUUUGUCUGGAAUGGAGAUUUGGAUGUUGUGCCACUCAUACAAAUUAAAGUAGAAAAGACUCGCUACUGCUGUGGAGGAAUCUUCUACACAAAGUUUGGUGCACAGCAAUAUCAUAGAAGCACACUGGCUACCUCCCUUGAUUAUCCUCAGCCCUAUCACCUGGGAAUGGAGUGCCCCUACAUAUUCAGGUGUGUUCCAAAAUACCCUGGCGCUCACUGCGUGAUAAAGCUUGACUUCAUUGACUUCCAACUGGCACGGGGAGGGCAACAAAAUCUUGGUGCCGGGGAGACGUCUGGUGGUGGUGUGUGUGCUGGACAGGACAGAGUACGGGUGUCUCCGCACGGCAGCUUCCAUAAAGGACAUUUUGUGUUCUGCCAUGGCCAUCCACCAAAAGCCUCCAUCACUGCCUAUGACCAAGUGCUGGUUCACUUCACCAGUGAUAGAAGGCAUGGCAGACAUGACAGGGGUGACAGAGGCUUUGUUAUCUCUUAUGUGGCACUUGACUCAAGCUACUGUACUUAUUCAGACAAGGACUUUUAUCUCCCUUGUGAGUGUGGCAGAGGCAUCCUGGUUGACACAGUGGAUCGCCACAACAUCCUGCAAACCACAAACCAUGUGGAGGAAUAUGAGUUAAGAAGAGAAGAGGGGAAAAAAUUACCGAAAACAAUAAAAGAAAAUAGUCAAAAAAUAAAUAAGAAUGAUCAAAAAAUAAAUAAAGGUAAAAAAAUAAAUAAGAAAAGAAUAACUAAGAGACAUGCACAUGUUCAAAAUGUAAACACAAAACAAAAAGGACAAAAAAAUUUGAAAAUGACUCAAGAAAAUAAGAAAGGUAAGAAGCACACCAUGAAAAAUAAGAGGAUGAAGACAAAAGAAAAACAACAUAAAAACAAACACUUCAAGAAAAAAUUGAAAAUUUCAGGUAAGAAAAGCAAAGAGAAAAUCAAGAGAAAAUCCUAUAAGGAUAAGAAGAAAACCCCAAAUUUAAAUAUUAACCCUGAAAAAAUGAAAACAAAACCUAAAAACAUGCAAAAUAAAGAAAAGAAAAAGAAACUAAAACUGACACAAAAAAAUAAAAGAAAAAGGAAGAACAAGACAAUGAAAGAAAACAAAAAUAAAAUAAAACAAAAGGAAAAGGAAAAAAAGGAAGAGGAAGGUGCAGGUAAAGAGAAAAUGAAAGAGAAGGAAAAAGAAAUUGCUGAAAAGGAAGACACAGAAAGAGAAGCUGAUGAAAAAGAAGACACAGAUAGUUACAAUACAAUACAAGAGAUGGGAAAUGAAGAUGAUGGUACCAAAGAAGCAGCCAGCUUGCAAGGAGGAAGAAUCCAAACCAUUGAUCGAUACAAGUUUCCCUAUCUGGUCUCUAUUUUACAAUUUAAGCUCAGAAGGAAACCAAGGAAGAAACCAAAGGAACCAGCUGGUACAAAGAAGAUGAAGGUCGCUCGAGCAUGCAGUGGAUGCAUCAUCAACCACAAGUUUAUCCUCACCACCACCUUCUGCUGCACUUACUGCCGGGCCAUUUGGAAUAAGAAAUUCAGGAAGAAGCAAUCUACAACACAUUCCAGUCUUUAUCAGAAAGGAAAGAGAGGCACAAUCAACAUCACAAACAGCAACAUGCAGUCCAGAGAUGACAUCACAGAGUUCAGUGCCAGUGACAGCAUUACAGAUGCCAGUGACAUGGACAGCACCUUCCAGCCCCACAACAUUGAAAGCGGUUUCAGCAGUUCAAGUAACACACAUGAAAAUAUACAAAUCGAAUCAAGACGUGUUAGAAAGAGGAAAGUCAGCACUAACGAGCAAAGGAAAGAUGUAGAGGGGAAACCAGCAAAACAUGCACCACAAAAAGAGGAGAAAAUAAAUAAGAAGAAAAAGAAGAAGAAGAAGAAGAAGAAGAAGAAGAAGAAAGUAAGGCGUACCAUACCGCAACUGUCUGAUAUCAGGGUGGUCAUAGGGUUCUCUACAUUGGAAGUGAAGAAAAUUAACACACUUCCCCUUGUCAAAGUAGUGAGCAUCUGGCUUCCUGAGGAAUGUGCUGAGAAAAUGAACAAGAAGACACAAAACAACAAAUUGCUCUUCCCUGUGGAAUGUCCCGUCCUACUGGAACUGAGUGAAAGCAUCGAGUUUGGUCCCUACGUCUCUCCAGUGUGUCUGCCAAUCUUCCAAACAUUCAACCCUCACUUCCUUAUUGGCAGCAGCAUUACACAUGGGUCUGCAUCAGGAAACAGCAAAUCAACUUCCCCAAUGCCAAGCAUACUCCCAGACAUACUGAGGCUUCCAGCAAGUGUGUGUGAAGAGAAGCUUGGGGGGAAGGUUCUGGAUAAAACAAUGAUGUGUACUUCAGCUGGACAAAAUAAAUCUAUGUGCUUCAGAGAUGAAGGAGCACCUUUCCUCUCCUACACAAUGCCUCACUAUGGAUAUAAGGAGUACCUUUCUGUAUAUGCUGCCCUGGCUAUUUCUGGAUGUAAAAAGACUCCAAAUAUAAAAGACAAACCCAAGCCUUCCAAACCAAAACCAAAACCUUCCAAACCAAAGCCCAAGCCUCCCAACUCAAAACCCAAGCCUCCCAACUCAAAACCCAAGCCUCCCAACUCAAAACCAAAACCUUCCAAACCAAAACCCAAGCCUCCCAACUCAAAACCCAAGCCUCCCAACUCAAAACCCAAGCCUCCCAACUCAAAACCAAAACCUUCCAAACCAAAACCCAAGCCUCCCAACUCAAAACCCAAGCCUCCCAACUCAAAACCCAAGCCUCCCAACUCAAAGCCAAAACCUUCCAAACCAAAACCCAAGCCUCCCAACUCAAAACCCAAGCCUCCCAACUCAAAACCCAAGCCUCCCAACUCAAAACCCAAGCCUCCUAACUCAAAACCAAAACCUUCCAAACCAAAACCCAAGCCUCCCAACUCAAUACCCAAGCCUCCCAACUCAAAGCCCAAGCCUCCCAACUCAAAACCCAAGCCUCCUAACUCAAUACCCAAGCCUCCCAACUCAAAACCAAAACCUUCCAACUCCAAACCAAGACCUUCCAAACCAAAACCAAAACCUUCCAAACCAAAACCAAAACCUUCCAAGCAAAAACGAAGAUCUUCAAAAACAGAACCUAAGCCUUCAGAAGCAAAAUCCAAGUCCGCAGUUCCUCCAAUGAGCAACACUGAGAAACUGCCUCAACAAAAUAUGCAAAUUUUGACAAGAACCAACAAGUACAAAUUAAUCAAGAACAAAAAGACAAAAUCACAGACCAUUAAGAAAAGAAACAAAAAGAAAUCCAAGAAAGCAAAGAGGAAAGUUAGAGAUAUUCAUGGUACACAUAAAGAAAGCAGAAAGACAAAAAAGAAAAAGAAGAAAAGGAAACCCAAAAAAUACAACAAGAAAAAGACCACCAACUCAGGAAUUGACGUCUGGGUUAAGAUAACACCAUACGUCAACUGGAUAAUCAAGGUUGUGUUCCGGGGAGAUGAUGAUUUGGUUUGUUUGAGGCCGAGCAUCAUGCCUCAGUAAACGUGCUCUUUUAUACAGUACAAUCCACUCUCACUGUGCAAUGUUCCACUAUACAGUAUUUUCCUCAUACGAUUGCCCUUCAUUAGUACCCCUUGGUUCACUAUGUGAUGCUCUACACUUGCUGAUGCAAUCAUCAGCUGCAGUACUGCCAACUGGAGACACCUAACGUGCAAGACCCCACACUACUGCCUCAGUUCUUCCCAAUUUUACACCGUUCAUAAAGCCUCAUGUACGGUCGAGUGAUUCUGCUCCAUCUAUCCUUAUUUAUUGUGCCAAGCCUUAUCCAAGUGUGCCAUCACACAGAAAAAUUAAUUAGAGAGAAAAAGUAAUAGGCCUAAGAACACAUCCCUUUUUUCCAUUUAAUCUCACUAUGCAAUGGAUCACUGUACAUUGGGUUUUCAGAAACAUAAUCUGAUUGUACAGUGAGGGAGAGGUGUACUCCCAUUUGAAGGCACUGUCCAAACCCAGGACAUAAAGACCAUAUACAAUACUCCCAGUUACCCUUUUCAUUGCUGAUCUUAAUUUCAUGACAUAAAAAGUUGGGGCUUGAUUCAGUAACUGAAAAUUUUGGGGAUUACACCAAUAGGAUAAUACAGUGCUGAAAAUUUAAUAGAUAAAAUUUCAAUAAAUGGUGAAGCAAAAAAAAUACUCCAUAUGGUGUGAUUAAAUAAUUGAGAACAAUUAUAUCUUUGUUUAUUAUAAUGGUUGAAGAUGGUUCCUAUAAUAGGUUAAUCUGGAAAUGGUGUACGUGUAACAUACAAGCACGAAACUCACAUGUCAUGUAGAAGGCUUGGUGACCUUGCCAUGUGGCUGUAAUGCCACUCAAGAAUGUGGUGAAAUUUGCCAUUUUCUAAGUUGAGUGAGCUCUGCACCAGUCAAGAGUAAACACUGAAAUUACUUUCUAAUGUUUAUAACUGGGAUUUGCAGAUAGUAGUAUAUUAGGAUUUUGUGGUAUCUAUACAGCUGAUCUCUUCAAUCAAGGGCUACCAUUUGUGAGGCCAUCAAUUACGACUUUCCACAGCAGGUUCAGUUAUACAUUUCACUUGUUUUGUUGUUCUGAUAGAGGCUCACUGUCAUUUGUUAACAUGGCUAGCCAGUGGAGGGAGGUGAAGUGAAAAGUGCUAAUGUUUGGCAGAAAAAGUCACUAUGUGGGUUAUUUAGCUACAGUGAUGUUUAAGAUGCAACAUGCAGACAUAAAGAAGAGGUCCCACAUGUUUAUUAAUGCCGCCAAACUGUACCCACUUCCAUCGCCCUGAGAAUCUCUACACCACUCUGGUAAGACAUAACGAUAUAAUUUUUGAGGCCCCUUAUUAGGUUAGUUGGUUAUGCUAGGUUAGUUGGUUAUGCUAGGUUAAGUAGGGUUAUGCUUGGUUAGGUUAACAUCGUAGGGAGGUAGGAAUCCAGGGGGCCCCAGAUAGGUUAAGUUAGGGAAAUUUGAAAUAUUAAGGGAAAAUUUCUUAGAUUUUGAACGCUCAUAUUUCACUAUUUUUCAUCCCCUCCCAAAACUCCCAAUUCCCCAAAGGCUCCCAAGCUUGUUUUGAGGAGUUAGGAAGGAAUGGGGGAGCAGACCUCUUGCCAAGAAAUACCCUAUAAUAAAUGUGUGAAUGAAUUAACAAUAAUUUCAAGUUGUGGUGCACCAGACCUGCUGACAUUUCACUUUUCUUGAGUUUUCUCUUAAUCACAAGCCUUCUGUAAUUUGCAUUUUCUUCUAUUUACAUUAUUCAAAGAUGCUUUAAAUAAACAUUAUUAUUUUG